AUGGCAAAUUCAAAGACCCACUCACCAGCCACCCUUGUGGUCUUGGUGAUGAGUUGUUUCAUGUUAAUGACAAUCGGAAUGGUCCACUCUCUCAAACUCACUUCCUCUCUCGCCGAUGAUUUAUUAUCAUCAUCAAAUUAUAUCGGGAUGGAAAAUAAUCAAGAACAUACCUCAUUGAAGGUGAUGAAGGCUCAUUAUGAGAUGAAAGGCUGGAAGAGAAUUCAUCAUCAAGAUGAUUUGAUGAGAUUAUCUGGUAGUGAAAAGAAAUCUAUUGAAGAAAAGAUUGAAAAUCAAAUGAUUCAUGUUACUUUUGCAUUGAAGAAUCAAAAUGUUGAAUUGUUGAGAAAGAAGGCAAUUGCUGUCAGUACUCCAGGACAUCCAGAUCAUGAAAAUUAUUUGACUAUGGAACAAGUUGCUCAAUAUACAAAGCCAUCUGCUGAAGAUAGACAAAAUGUCUUGCAUUAUAUUAGUACUAUUCCAGGAAGCAUUGUUUUGAAGGUUUCAAAGCAUGAAAACUUUAUUGAAUGUUUAAUGCCAGUUUCCUCCAUUAACAAGUAUUUCAAGGCUGAUAUGAAGCCAUAUAUGCAUCAAGAAAGUAAGACUGUCUUGUUGAGAUCUUUGGAACAAGGUUAUUCAUUGCCAAAGGAAAUUGCUGAUUCAGUUACUUUGAUUUCUGGCAUUGUUCGUCUUCCAAGCAUGGAAAAUAGAGUCAAGAUGACCAAGACAGCAUCUGCUCAAGAUGAUGGAUUGAUUACUCCACAAGUUAUUUGGAAGAGAUAUAACAUUACUGUUCCAACAUUUGUUAGUUCAAACAGUUCUCAGUCUGUUGCUUCAUUCUUGCAACAAUAUUAUAGUGAAAGUGAUUUGGCCUUGUUCCAAUCUACUUAUAACUUGGUUAGACAAUCACCAAUUGUUUAUGGACCAAAUGAUGAAUCCAAUCCUGGUGUUGAAGCUUCUUUGGAUAUUCAAUAUCUUAUGGGUGUUGGUUACAAGAUUAGAACUACCUUUGUCUCAACUCCUGGUGUCAGUAAUGUUACUGGACAAGAAAGAUUCUUGUACUGGGUUACUCAACAACAACAAAUGGGUGAUGCUUCUCCUUGGGUUCAUAGUGUUAGUUAUGGAGACGAUGAAUCUACUGUUACCAGAGCAUUGGCUGAUCAAUUAGAUAUUGAAUUUAUGAAAUUUGCUGCCACUGGACGUACAGUUAUGAUAGCAUCAGGUGAUAACGGAGCUCAAUGUAAUAAUCAAGGAACCAAAUUCUCUCCAACUUGGCCAAAUACAUCUCCUUGGGUUACCUCUGUUGGUGCUACAAGACCAUCAAGUGAUUAUUGGGAAAAGUCAGUUGACUGGAGUGGUGGUGGUUUUUCUUCUCUUUACUCUCGUCCACAAUAUCAAAAUGAUGCUGUCGCCAAGUACUUGAAGACUAAUAACAUUCCUCCAGCCUCAUUCUUCAAUCCAUCCGGUAGAGCUUAUCCUGAUGUCAGUGCUCUCGGUGUUGAUUAUCAAGUUUUCGUUGGUGGUUCCAUUCAAAAUGUUGCAGGUACUUCAGCAGCUUGUCCUUGUUUCGCUGGUGUUGUCAGUUUGCUUAAUGAUGCUCGUUUCAAAGCUGGUAAGAAACCACUCGGAUUCCUUAAUAUCUUCCUCUACACUCAAAUUCCACAAAAUCCAAAGGCCUUCUUUGAUAUCACUCAAGGUUAUAAUAGUGCUAGUCCUUGUCCUUAUGGUUUCCCAGCUACUAGUGGAUAUGAUGCCAUUUCAGGUUGGGGUGUUCCUAAUUUCCCAGUUUUGAGAGAUCUUGCCUUGAAGAAAUAAUUUGACAGAUCUAUGAAUGUUUAAGUUUCCAAUAAACUAUUGGAAAAUGUUUUACUGUAAAA